AUGAAACGAUUGCUAGCGCGAACAAUUAGCAGCAUGAUGAAGUUUAUCGACAUCGGUGCCAACUUGACCGACCCAAUGUACCAAGGAAUCUACAAUGGAUCGUCCAAACAUGAGCCCGAUCUGUCCCAAGUGCUUGAACGUAGUUGGGCCGGCGGAUUAGACAAAAUAAUAGUGACAGUGGGAACACUUUCCGACUGCGAAGCAACGUUUAACAUCCUCGAGAACGAUGAAAGGCUGUUCGCCACGGUAGGCUGUCAUCCGACAAGGUGCGGUGAGUUCCUAGCCGAUCCCGAGACGUACUUUGCAUCCCUUUGCAGACAGAUAGAGGAGCACCGCGACAGAGUGGUUGCGAUUGGGGAAUGUGGUCUCGAUUACGAUCGUUUACAUUUCUGCGAGAAAGAGGUCCAGCAGAAGUACUUUGAGAAGCAGCUAGAAUUGGCCGCCAAAUAUGAGCUACCGCUAUUUCUUCACUGUCGCAACGCACAUGACGAUUUUACGGAAAUAUUGGCACGAAAUAUGGACCGUUUGCCCAAGCGGGGCGUAGUACACACGUUUGAUGGUACGCUGGAGGCAGCAAAAGCGCUGAUAGUGAAUGGUUUCUACAUCGGCCUCAAUGGUUGUUCGCUGAAGACGGAAGACAAUCUUACCGUUGCGGCACAAAUACCGGACGAAUGGAUUAUGGUGGAAACGGACAGUCCAUGGUGUGAGAUACGACCGUCCCAUGCCGGUUCGAAGCACGUGAAGACCAAAUAUCCUACGGUGAAAAAGAAGGAAAAGUGGGAACCAAGUUCGCUCAUUGCCGGUCGAUGCGAACCCGUCAUGAUAAGCCAAGUACUUGAAGUGCUAGCAAGCAUUAAAGGUAAGCCAAUGGUCGAGCUUGCCGAUCAGUACUAUCGAAACACAGUGAAAAUUUUCUUCCCGAAGGAAGUGGUGUAA